CAUAAGAUUACGAGUAAGGCUGUGGCAUGCUAGGAAUAUAUAUAUAUGUAUCUGCUUUUCUGCUCCAUGGAGUUCUUGUUGACAUCGCGUAUUUCUUCUUCUUCGAUAAGCUCGAUACAACAAAAAAUUCCCAGUGUCAGGAAACUGAAAAAUCAACCAGCACCAAGUCCUCUUGUUAUCACGUCUUGAAACAGAUCCAGCAUGCCAGGCCAUCAUUCUCAUCAUCGUCAAACCCCUCACCGCGGGUCCGAACCCAAACAUCGACCCCCUCCAAGACAGCCCCUGUCUUCGCCUCCACAAGCGGAAGUCCGUUGUCUAACUAUCCGCUACGCAUCUUUGGACCACAGGAGCUAUCAUAAAGACUAUAAUCUACCUUAUGUUCGGCACUUUCGUCACUCGAAUCGGGGCAUGGUGACAGAUCUUCCGACUAGCGGGGUAGUCGGUAGGAACAAUUUGCAAAGCUUGGUGCAGGAUAAAUUGACGACGUUGAUGAAUAGAGAGUUUGCUAAUUGGAAGUUCAUCGGUGCUGAGAGAUCACUGCCCGGUCCGCCGAGUAAUGACACACCAUGGGGAUACAGUGAAAGAAGAGUAAAUGUUUACAUUGAGAGACGACAGUGAGGAGGGCGAAGAAGUGUCUUAGAGGCUUUCUACUUACAUGGGUUUUCGAGAUGGAGGGUUCUUGUGGUGGAUUAUUAUUGAUUUUGAAGGCUCAAAAACGAAGGCACGCUUGAAUGAAUGGUCUAUGAUUUCAUUUCUUGUUGGCUUGUGGUGAUGGUGUUUGAUUUUAGCUCGAUAUGGGAUAUGGUUUUGAUGAAUCUUUUUGUGAAUUGAAGGAUCUGGGCCUGUGGCUGUGGUGUAUGUCUUAUGUCUUAUGUCUUCUCUUCUCUUCUCUUCUCUUCUGUCACUAGUUCUUGUUAAUUGAUUUUGUUCAUUUGGUUUGGUUUAUAAGUUAGCAUUGCAAGUAGGCAGAGAUAACGAAGCUUAUGAGUUGUAACCUCCAUUCUACGCUUUGCUUCUAUUGGCUGCAGUAGCUAAGAAUACCCAUCAUUUAUAUCAUUUUGAUAUGUGGCCAUAAACCUACAUCCAUCCAACUUGCAAACCUCAAGGCCAUAUAAGUCAACUUCCAGAAUCUUCAAGUGGGAUGCAAUAUGUUCCCUCGAAUUCUAAUUGGCUUUAGUCUGAUAGUACCUCGUUCCUAGUCAUCGAAAACGGCCAUGUGAUGCAUUUCACGCGGAUAAAUACUUCGGCUACAACAGCCGGGGAUGAAUUGCGGGGUACUUUAGUGCCGGAAAUUCUAAUGGCUAAUAUGGUGCAUAAUCUGGAUGUCCGAUAAGAUUUCUACAUCUCUUAUUGAGGGAUUAUAUACCUAGGAAUGGAAUAAGAAUUCUACACCGGAGUUACGACCUAUGAGCUGUCAAGUGGCAAUCAGAAUUAGCUUUUAUUUUGU